CCAGCCUUCUCUUGGCACUGGGAGGGGACUGUGGGGGAGCUAGGUAAUGAUUUGUCACUCCAAGGUCUUGGGGUUGUCUCUCUUUGCAAAGGAAACCUUGGCCAUGAUUGACAGCAGGGCUGUUUUGGCCUGUUCCGUUGCUGUUGACAAGUAAUAAUGAAGCUUUGUCAAGCCAUAAUGGAUAUGGAUAUGCCAGAUUAUGUCGAAUCCCUGGACUCCUCUUACACCAUGCUGGAGUUUGAAAACCUGCGGGUGCUGCCAACUAACACGGAAGCCAUACCAGCAGAGUCGACAAAUGCCAGCCUGCUUGCCAAUGGCAUCAGCUCCUUGUGCUCCAUCUGCGGGGAUCGUGCCACUGGGAAACAUUACGGGGCUUCCAGCUGCGAUGGCUGCAAAGGGUUCUUCAGAAGAAGUGUCCGCAAGAACCAUGUCUAUUCGUGCAGGUUCAGCAGACAGUGCGUGAUAGACAAAGACAAGAGAAACCAGUGCAGGUACUGCCGGCUGAAGAAGUGUUUCAGGGCCGGGAUGAAGAAAGAAGCUGUGCAGAAUGAACGGGACAGGAUUAGCAUUCGCAGGAGUAGCUAUGAGGACAAUGGAUCCCUGUCAAUCACUGUACUGACCCAGGCUGAGGCUAUGGCACAGCAGUACUCAGCUCUGAGUCCAGUGCACAGUGCUGAUAUUGCCAUGAAGAAGGUUGCCACCAUCAAUGAUGUGUGUGAGUCUAUGAAACAGCAGCUUUUAGCUCUUGUGGAGUGGGCGAAGUAUAUCCCAGCAUUCUGUGAACUUCCACUGGACGACCAGGUUGUCUUGCUAAGAGCCCAUGCAGGAGAGCACCUACUCCUGGGAGUGGCUAAACGGUCAAUACCAUAUACAGAUUUUCUAUUAUUAGGAAAUGAUUUCAUCAUUCCAAUGCACUGCCCAGAACUGGAAAUUGCUCGCGUAGCCAUUCGAAUCCUGGAUGAGUUGGUAAAGCCCUUACGUGACAUCCAGGUUGAUGACAAUGAGUAUGCGUGCCUCAAAGCGAUCAUAUUCUUUGACCCAGACUGUAAAGGCCUGAGCGAGCCUGGGAAGGUGAAGAACAUGCGAUUCCAGGUGCAGGUCAAUCUGGAGGAUUAUAUCAACGACCGGCAGUACGACUCUCGAGGGCGGUUCAGCGACAUUCUCCUCCUCCUACCGCCACUCCAGAGCAUCACCUGGCAAAUGAUAGAGCAGGUCCAAUUCAUGAAACUCUUUGGCGUGGCGAGGAUUGACAGCUUGCUGCAAGAAAUGCUUCUGGGAGGUACGACCCCACUGAGACCCUCUUUCUUACCUGCAUGCCUUGAAAACCGAACCACUCUUGAUGUACAGUACCAAUCAGGACCUUCCAACCUCAACCUGGAACCUCUGCCAGGACACGCAGCUUUGCCAAACAUGAGUUCUGUGAUUCACACAGCUCCAAACCCAUCUCCAGAAACAUCCCUUCCUUCUCCAUCUACCAGCACAGGAAGCGAAGACUACAAACUAGGCCCAGCCCCAGGGCCAGAGGCGGUUGUGAAAAUACUGCCUCAGACCAUCGUACCCAAGCAAGAGAUUUUAUAAGGGACAGGCAAAAGAAGCCAAGAGCAAUUCCCAAUGUCCCUCUGUAAAGUUAAACCAUCUCUGCUUUCUGCCAUGGCAAUGCCCAGCAAUUGCCUGCUUAUAAUGAGAUCUGAUGAUGACACCCUUUCCUGUCAGUGAUUAAAAUGGCACUGUCAUUAGACUGUGGCUCACCAAUGUUCUCUAUCAUCACUCUCUUUACUGGAGCAGCCUGGACUUGAAGCUGUUGUUCAUUUUAGAACCACCAAGACUGUAAGCUUGUCGGAGCAGGGACUUCUUACUUCAUGUUUGUACAGCACUGGGGGACCCUGACUACAGAAAUAGAACUAAGUAUCUCAUAUAGCUAUUGUUGAUUGCUAAUGCGCAUGCUAUACCUCAGAUAGAAACAGACCUCCUCACACUGCCUAUUACAAGUUGAAGUACAUGCCCAUCACUCCUGCUGUCAUUCAAGCUAAAUCUAGAAAGCCUGUCUGAAGCAUAGAUCAGAGAUGCUCUUUAUAACCCACAGGAGAUUAUGGCUUCCUUAUUCCACACAGACCUGGUAUUGUACAAGAUUUUUAUGCUGUUAUUUACUAACAUAUAAUGCCGUGGAGUAUGAGCCACGGACCUUAAAUUCAGAUUAAUGUGUUCUUAGCGCUGUUCAGGUUUCAAGAAUUGUUAUAAUAGCUGAAGCCCAUAUUUGAUCUGUGAUAAACAUCCCGGGAAGGAGUGUUCUUUAUUCUAACAAACUUGCUGUACUAUGCAGGAGGCAGUAUUUGUUUAUAGAUCGGGAACCCAGCUACUGCAUUUCAAUACUUCCAUUAGGUCUUUUAUAAAUGUAAUGUGUUGAUAGGAGAGCUGAUGAUAACACUGUAGGUAAUACUUGGGAACAACGCAACUACUACUAAGUGUAAGGAACCAACAAAAUAGGCUUGCCAAAAUAUUUGCUUGUAUUAUGUACAUACAAACAUCUUGGCUUCAUACCAUAGCUGAAAAAAAGUGACAGUCUUAAAACAUGAAGACACUUUCCCUAGCAUGUAGAUAUAGUUUUGCUGUAGCUUCAUGGAGCAGGCAGUAUGCAAACAUCCUUUUUAAAAACAAAAACAAAAACAAAA